AUGACGGUCCGCUUCAAGAGUGAGUAUCAGAAGAGUUUCGGGGCGAUCCGCUCCAAGAGGACGUCCGAUCAGUGCUGCCCCCCGCUGGCCGGCCUGCGCUCCGACCACAUGGGGGUCAGCAGAGAACCUCGGCUUCAGCGCCGCAGGAGACCGGGUCCCGCUGGCCAGGCUCGGUCCUGCAGCCCCCUGCUCCAAACCCCAGCUGCUCCCAGAACAGCGCCACCUGCUGCCAGAAACAGCUGGACCCGGAACCCCCGACACCUCCUGGAUCUCCUGCAGACCCAGACGCUGCACGGAGCAAAGCCCCGCCCCUCUCAGCCCCGCAGCCAAUCGCAGCCCAGCAGACCAGUGACAUCAUCAGCUCUGGAGCGAGAGGCGCCCAAUGAGAGGGACUCAGAGCUCAGGGCCAGAGGUCAGAGGUCAGGAGGUCAGAGGUCAGAGUACCAUCGGCAGUUCAGCUGGAAAACACCCGCGGGUGCUGCGUCUCCCAUACUGACAGCGGAGCAGGUGCUCUACUCCAGCAGCAGGUCCAUCCCCCCCUUUAAGAAAAACCCGCUCCCCCAGGAGACGGAGUAUCAGCGGAGUUUCCAGGGUUUGGUCCCGCCCGUCGGAACCCGGCUCCGGAGGCACCUGGAGCACCGGAGAACCCCGCUGUUCCACACACAGCUGCAGGUUCUCACACCCAGAAACCUCAAGAAGCACCUCCAGUCGCAACAGGAAGCGGAGGGAGGAGUCUCAGAAGAAGCCCCGCCCCCAACCCAGUGGCCAUCAGAGGGAGGACACGAGGUCGCCCCUCAAGGCCACGCCCCCUCCGCCCCCUCCCCCCCUCCUCCUCCACAGGUGCACCGAGGACACAGGAUGUCCACAGAGUAUCAGUCCAGCUUUCGUUCUCCCCUCUGCAGGAACCCUCAGGGGGGCGGAGCCACAGAGGGCGACGCCCAUCAGAUGGUGGCGCUGCGGCAGCAGGCGCAGUCGUACCGGCAGCGGGCCUGGGGCACCAACUUCUCCAGAGAGCACCUGAGCCAGCUGCUGUCCGAACACAACGGCCUGUGGGAGCCCAACGACACCCCCACCGCCCCCCCCCACCCGCCGAGCCCCCCCAGCCCCCCCAGCCUGGAGGCUCUGGACCUGGCCAGUAGCUCCAGCAGGGAGUCGUCCCCGGUGGGACCAGGAGGACCCAGGAAGACCAGGAAGACCCCCCCCGGCCCCCCCCUCGAGAGACGCAGCGGCUGGGGAGCGGAGGACGACGACGCAGAGGAGUGCGAGGGUCGUCUCCCGACUCCCCGUCUCAAAAUGAAGCCGGUUCAGAGGACUCAUCAUGACCUCACCACACCUGCCACAGGAGGCGCUAUCCUGGUGGGGGAAGUGAAGAGUGCUGACUCGUCGCCCUGCAGACAGAGGUGUGAGUCCUUGGUUUCCAUGGCAGCGGGGGCGGAGCCAGCUGUCUGGACUCCAGUCAAACAGAAGGAGGCGUGGUCAGAGAAAGUCUCCGCCUCCCCCUCGGUCCCCUCCCCCGAGCGCAAAUCUCCCUCGAAGCCAAUCAGGUCCAAGCCGACGCCUCCUCCCGUGGAAGCCCCGCCCCCUCAGCACGGCCUGCACGGCACGCUGCGGCACGCCGACUUCCAGCAUAACGGGGAGCUGGGUUUGAGGCUGCGGGAGGCGCCGUGUUCAGGAGGCUGCUGCUCGGACGAAGACGACCGGCUCUCGGUGAUGUCGUGGCGCUCGGCGGCGUCGUGCUCGGCGGCCUCCGCCGUCCUGGAUCGCGCUCUGAAGAGGCGGGAGAACUUCUGGGGGAAAACGUGACCUCCGACCUCGCAGCUGUCGCCAUGGAAACCAGCACGUGGAGCCGAAUGGCGUCUGGAGACACUAGAAUAGAAACAAUCUCAUGAUUUGUUUUAGAAUUUCACUUAGUUUGAUCCUGUUAACAGAGUAAACCUGUAAAUAGAUUAUUUAAUCACAGUAAG